UCACGUUGUUGAGGCGAGAAGUUACAAAACUUGUGUCCUUCGUCCAAAAUCUUAAACAAAAUUCGUAUUUUACAUGUAGUAACGGCAUUGAAACAUUGAUCCAACAUGCUGGCUUCAAUUGCAAGGACAUUUUCUAGAAAUGUGGGACAGCAGAUAAGACAAGUUCACAAGUCAGCUCCUGUUGCAAGUGACAGCCUUUUUGUUCACCGUGACACUUCAUACAAUAAUCCUGAUACAAAGUUUGACUUCACUGAAGAAAACUUGAAGAGGGCCGAAAGUAUUCUAGCCAACUAUCCCGAAGGUCACAAACAAGCUGCAGUUAUCCCACUACUGGACCUAGCACAGAGACAACAUGGAUGGCUUCCCCUUUCUGCCAUGAACAAGGUAGCCUCCUAUUUAAGCAUGCCUAAGAUGAGGGUCUAUGAAGUAGCCACAUUCUACACAAUGUUUAACAGGGAACCUGUAGGCAAAUACUUCAUCCAGAUCUGUACAACAACCCCCUGUAUGCUCGGUGGAGUUGGCAGUGAUGUUAUUGUAGAUGCCAUCAAAAAGAAACUAAAUAUCAAGUUAGGUGAAACAUCAAAAGAUAACAUGUGGACCUUCAUUGAAGUGGAAUGUCUUGGAGCAUGUGUCAAUGCCCCCAUGGUACAAAUCAACGACAACUACUAUGAGGAUCUAACACCAAAGGACAUGGAUGACAUUUUAGAUGAAAUCAUAAAGACUGACAAAUUGCCCAAACCUGGACCAAGGAGCGGUCAAGACAACCGAUUUGCCUGUGAGCCCAAGGGGGGUUUGACAUGUUUGACAGAAGAGCCAAAAGGACCCGGUUUUGGAGUACGAUCAGAUUUAUGAUGACUAGACUAUAGACUGUACAUAGGAAUAAAUUAUAG